CUAUAAAGGUAUCUUUACUUUUACUCAAGUAUGACAGUUGGGUACUGUUUUCACCAGUGAUCACCAAGUGUAAUGGAUUUAUACAAUAGUUCAGUUGGGGGGCGGUAAUGCAACAUAUUGGACGCUAACCCUCUUUAAACUCCAAUGAAGAAGAAGAAGACGAAGCAGAAGUGGGUGUAUUUUAUAUGCCACACUGCUGUCAAGGCAACAGAACUCUUGUUACUAGCUAGCAGGGCCGUGAAAUAAAUUAAAUCAUGUUGCAAAACGUGGAAUUUCUUAUAUUUUAACCAUAAUUUGCUUGCUAGAGCAAUUAGAUUCUAGCGUUUGCCACUCGUUGUUGCUGAAGUUAGCUAGCUAGCUAACAAAACAAGUUUGUUACAGACAAAAGGGGAAACCAGUGUCUUUGAGUUUGUCAUUUUGUAAAAAUAAUAUAUGUCCUACGUAUUAACUAGUUAACUAUGGCAAGUAAAAAGCUCAGAAGAACGGGUGUGUCACUCGAAGUAUGCGAACGACUCAAGCGCCACCAAAUUGAAAGUUGCCAGAAUAGAUGGAGUAGAAACGAGAUGCCUUUCGCAACGGUGACUACUAUGCCCCUUGUCACCAGGACCUGCUGUCCCUCACACCUCUAGAGGUGAUGCGCCUCGCGGGGCAGAGUUACCAACAGGUGUUGAUUCUACUUCAGUCAGUCAGCAAGGCCUGUGCCCCCUCAAUGACCACGGCAUUGGAGGUGUGGAAGCAGAGGGCUGACCUGUGUUUCUCCACAUCCCUACCUGCCCUGGACAGACUGCUUCAGGGAGGGCUACCACGGGGGACACUCACAGAGGUGACUGGCCCCUCAGGUUGUGGGAAGAGCCAGGUGUGUAUGAUGCUCAGUGUGCUGGCCACUCUGCCAAAGUACAUGGGUGGCCUCGACAGCGGAGUUAUCUACAUAGAUACAGAGGCGGCUUUUUCAGCGGAGAGGUUAGUGGAGAUUGCUCAGAGCAGGUUUCCAGACUACUUCUGUGAGAAGGAGCGUGUGUUGGAGAUGGCUGGACGUGUCCACCUUUUUCAGGAGCUCACAUGUCAGGAUGUCCUGGACAGACUGGAGAGGCUGGAGGAGGACAUCAUCUCCUCCAAGGCUGGGUUGGUGAUUCUUGACUCGGUGGCCUCAGUGGUGAGGAAGGAGUAUGACACAACACUUCCUGGGAACCUCAGUCACCGCAGCAACCUGCUGGGCCAGGAGGCUGCCACCCUCAAAUACCUGGCUCAGGCCUUUCACAUCCCUGUGGUCUUGACCAACCAGAUCACGACGCAUGUGGGCGAUCGAGGAGAGAGAGGCGCUGCGUCAUUCAGGGGAGCAUCCGAUGAGAGGGAUUCUGGGUAUGUGACGGCAGCGCUGGGGAACACAUGGAGUCAUAGCGUCAACACCCGCCUCAUUGUCCAGUAUGUAGACGCACACCAAAGACAGAUUGUGAUAGCGAAGUCACCUGUGGCCCCGUUUGCUGUUCUAAACUACACCGUCCAGAAGGAGGGCAUCCGUCUAGAGGGAAAUGAUGAUAACCAGGAAGUGUUGCAUCAAGGCACAGACCCGGGCCUCCAGCCGAUCAGAGUGAGGACAGGAUUCAACUACAACCUGACACAAGCUAAUCCUGCUGCCGUUGGCCGUCUGAAGCGUCUUUGACUCUGGGAAGUGUGUGUGUGUGUCAGGGCUCUACAGUGCUACCAAUUUGGGGGCAUAUGCUCCUAAAUAUUUUGCUGUGCUACCAGGAAUUUUAAUUUGGGAAUUCCAGUGCCCAUAGAAAACAAAUCACCCAAGUAAUAAUUGUUGUAAUGAUUUCUCCGCAGCCUCAUUAGUAUGCAAACAUGGUGGCACAGAAAGAAAGGAAAAUAGCUUUUUUAGGAGAUGAGGAUUCAUAUAGACCCAAUGUAUAUGGAACGGUGUUUGGGUCUUUGCGUGUCAAAAAAGAUACAAGUCAAAUAACACUUUGACGUAUCAAAUAACGCUAUUUGACGUGUCACGUAACGCUAACACAAUUUGACACAUCAAAUAGGCUUGUUGACCAAUCAGGACGUGAAUAUGACAACACGUUCAGUAAUGUUUUACGUAGUUAUUACACAUUGAUUACACAAUCACUGCUGAACAUAAAAUAGCUAGCUAGCUGAUGGAUGCAAACAAUGUUCUUUGCCAAAAACAUAGCAAAAUGACAUCUGUUUCAGUAGCUAUAGUUAACUAUCUAGCUAGGUGGUGUCAUCUAAAAUACUCCUAAUUUAUAAGACAGUUCUUAUUUGAUUAAUGGUGGUUGGACCCACCUAUGUGAUGCUAGCCACAAUAGUGGAAUUGGCAGUUUGACCUUCAAAAAUGAAAUGUUAUUUGUCACAUGCGCCAAAUACAACACCUUACAGUGAAAUGCUUACUUACAAGCCCUUAACCAACAAUGCUUUAAGAAGUUAAGAAAAAUGUGUUAAAUAGAAAAAAAGAAAAGCAUUUUUUUUGUCCAUUUAAAAUAACAUCAAAUUGAUCAGAAAUACAAAGUAUACAUUGUAAAUUACUAUUGUAGCUGGAAACUGAUGAUUUCUAAUGAAAUACAGAGGCGUACAGAGAGCUACCAUCACUCCUGUGUUCCAAUGGCACGUUGUGUUAGCUAAUCCAAGUUUAUCAUUUUUAAAGGCAAAUUGAUCAUUAGAAAACCCUUUUGUAAUUAUGUUAGCACACCUGAACUUGUUCUGAUUAAAGCAGCAAUAAAUCUGGCCUUCUUUAGACAAGUUGAGUAUCUGGAGCAUCAGCAUUUGUGGGUUCGAUUACAGGCUCAAAAUGGCCAGAAACAAAGAACUUUCUUCAGAAGCUUGUUAGUCUAUUCUUGUUGUGAGAAAUUGCCAAGAAACUGAAGAUCUUGUACACUGCUAAAACUAGCUAGUUACCCCAGAAGUUGCUGAUAACAUCUGUAUCAGAGAUAUUUGCAAACAUUUUUGAUCCUGAUCUAAUUUCAAAUGCUCACACAGAUGUUUUCCCAUUCGGUCGAACAAAUAAUUCCUUAUUACCAACGUAUUGUACCACUUGACUGUGAUCGUAAUGGUGGCUCUUGGCUUGCACGUGCAAAUUCAGCACACACAGCAUUCUACAAUAGAAUUGUAUUAUUUGACAUGUCAUAUUAAAAGCUUACUUGACCAGUCAAAUAGUGUUAUUUUGAUGUGUUUUUUUUUACAUGCAAAUAAACAAACGGCAUUCCAUAAAUGUAGGCUAUAUCUCAAUCUUAAAAAUCUAUUUUACUGGUGAUAAACUCUGUAUUUUGUAAUUGCUGGCAAUUCUUCUCAUUAAAAGGGGCAAUCUGCAGUUACUACAUCCAUUUUUACUUAUAAAUUAAUAAUGUAAACCCAUUGAGGAGUAUAAUUUAUAAAUGCCCCAUGAGCUUAGGAGACAAAAUAUAAGCUUGUUUUUCCCAAAGUAAAUGUAAACAAAGACUGCCUCAAAACAAAAAAUUAACAUUUUGAUAUCAUGGAUUGUUAGUCCUUGCGUCCAUAGCUCUUAUCGUUUGAGUUUCUCCAGCCCCAUCCCGUAACCUUUUACAGAAACAAGCCUUUUGUUAUCAUUUCAACUGCGGAUUACCUCUUUAAUAUUUGUCAUUGUGCUCCUACAUUUUUCAGCUUAGGACCACAUGUGCUCCUUGGAAGAACUGUAGAGCCAUGUGUGUGUGUGUGUGUGUGUGUGUGUUUUAAUUUGUGUGUUUGUGACUUAGUGUCUAACAUUCUCCUUGUUGUUCUCAAAUUACCAUGUACAAUACUGUAUAUUCAAAUAAAAUACUUCACCAAUCUACCA